UAACGUCAUAUGUCAUCGCCGCGAAAUGUAGCUUAACCUACGUACGCUUCUAAAGUGCGGGCAAAGCGUGCGUUUGUUCUCAAGUUCUUUUAUUACUGUAUUUUAGUACACUUGUUUCCUUUAACGGAAGUUGAGCCUCUUUAUUCGAGAUGAGUGACGAUCCGGACUCUGUCCCCGAAAGGGACAUGAAGUACUUUCAGUUUCGGCAAAUGAAGAAAAUCCGCGUCUUCGACUCCCCCGAGGAGCUGCCGAAGGAGAGGUCCAACCUGCUUGCCGUUUCUAAUAAGUUCGGCCUGACGUUCGUGGGCCGGGACAGGACAUUUAAAGUGUUCCUGACCCGUAACAUCUUGGCCGCUAAUAAAGUAGAGGGCAAUCCUAACGAAAUAGUCGAAGGAGUAAAAUCGCUGAAGGUCACUGUUGAGUUGCCCAUGCACAACCUGGCCCUUAGCAGCGACGAACUCACUCUUGCCAUCUGUGGGAUGUCUGACGAACGUGGCCUCCUGCUCUCCUUCUAUGAUGUCCGGACAUUAUUUAAUGAGGCUCGACCUGAGAAGUUGCCAUUCGCCUCCUUUGCGCCGGUCACCAGUACAGGAGCCUUGGUGCAGGACCUGAAGUGGAACCCGGUACAGGCCUCUGUACUGGCCGCCUGUCUCUCAGAUGGCAGUAUGAUGGUACUGGAGGUCACAGAUAAGGUCACGGUGCAGGCCAAGCUGCCUGCUUCUGUGGGCAUUACCUGUGUUUGUUGGAGUCCCAAAGGAAAGCAGGUGGCUGCAGGAAAGCUAAACGCCACGGUGAUCCAGUACACCCCCAGUCUCCAAGAGAAGAAAGUCAUCCCCUGUCCAAAUUUCUACAGCUCGGACAACCCAGUCAAAGUGCUGGACAUCCUGUGGCUCAGCACCUAUGUCUUCGCUGUGGUGUACGCAGCAGCCGAUGGCUCUCUGGAGACGCCCCCAGAGCUGGUGGUGGUGUCCCUUCCCAAAAAAGACGAGAAGAGAGAGGAGCGAUACUUGAACUUCAACGACCUGGUUUAUGGCGCCUGUACUGAGAGACAGCAUCACUACUUCCUCAGCCACGUCGAGGACUGGGAUAUCGUCCUGGCUGCAUCUGCUGGUUCUAUAGAAGUCAGCAUCAUCGCCAAACAGGAAGACAAGACAAACUGGGAACUGUGGUUGCUGGAGGACGCAAGCAGGGCAGAACUGCCCGUCACGCUAAACAAUGAUGACACCCUGCCUGUAGGGGUCGCUAUUGACUAUACCAACCAGGACGAAAUCCGCAUCAGCGACGACUGCGUGUUGCCCCCAGCUCCCACACUGAUGCUGCUGUCCACCGACGGUGUGCUGUGCCCUUUCUCACUGGUGAACCAGAACAAAGAUGUGAAGCAGCUGUCUGUGGCUCCCGUCGCCCUCAGCCUGGAGGGGGAGCGGCUGCCCAGUCCUGGGUCUGCCUCUCUGACCCGAGCUUCCGCCAUGGUGACCACAGCAACAACGAUCCCCAUGGCAACCCCAGCUCCGCGGACAGCACCCCUUACCUCAGCCUUCGGUUCUGCACCAAUAUCUACUCUGGCCCCCUCUGCCAGCAGCCAGACGGCCUCCUCCUCCUCUUCCUCCAGCUUCUCUUUCGCACUGCCAUCUCUCUCGACCGGUCCGUCCUUCUUCUCCAUCCCCACCACGACAACGGUCUCCAUGGGGACCAGUGGCUUUGGGACGACUGGCGUGAUGGCCCCAACGAAUGCGGCCUUCUCCUUCCCUGCUGCAAUCAAGCCGCCCUCAGAGAUGACGAUGGCCCCCACCCCGACCGGCCAGCGCCUUCCAGCUUCCUCCCCGGCCGCCUCAUUUAAGCCCUCCCCGGAACCUGCCGCACUGGGGGUGAAGAUGAACCUCAAUGGCCGGUUCCUGGCCAUGGACACCCCGGGACCAGCUCCCCAAGCCGCCCGGGAGUUCUCCGUCACCUCUGUCCCUAGGCCAGCCUUCUCCACCCCCCUUAACCAGUCCACCCCCGCGAUGACCUCCAGCAAGCCUGCUUCCUCCUCAGCCCAGGCCCGGCCUGCUCAGAGCAGCACCAUCCUCCCCCCCGCAGCCGUCCCGCAGCCAGCUGCUCCCAAGGCCAUCACCCCCGCCCAGGCCGCCGGGAACAGCCCCUCCCCGCAGGAAACCUUGGCGGUGAAGGCCGCGGAGAAGCAGCUGCAGCCGAGGAAGGAAACUGAUCCCGUCAUGGCUGGCAUUCUGGAAGAGAUUGCCCACUUUCAGAAGGAGCUUGAUGAGCUAAAGGCUCGCGCCAGCAAAGCCGACUUCCAUGUGGGCCCGGCCGAGCAGAUGAAGGAUCUCCGGCGGGAGGCCGAGGACCUCCACGUCUUCGCUCUCGAAAUCAGGGAAACGACAGAGUCUCUCCACGGUGACAUCGGAUCCUUAAAGACCACUCUGCUUGAAGGCUUUGCCGGGGUCGAGGAAGGCAAAACGCAGCGCGAGCUCAGCAAGGACAGUCGUUACCUGCAGUUACUCUACCAGAAGCCGCUGGACCCACGCCGGGAGGAGCAGCUGAAGGAAAUCCGGAGGCUAUACCAGUAUGUGAAAUUCUCAGUGGAUGACGUCAGUGACAUGUUGGACCUGGAGUGGGAGAGGCACUUGGAGAAUAAGAAAAGGCAGAGGCACCUGAUUGUCCCCGGGCGUGAGGCUCUGUUCACCACCUUGGCCAACAACCUGGACAUCAUCAACCAGCAGCAACGCAAGCUGGACUCGCUGGUCAAGGAUCUGCAGGCCCUGAGGCUGUACAACAAAACAGCCAGCAGCAAUUGGAGCAUGCCCCGGCCCGCCCCGCCGUCCCAGCAGGGCCUGGACAGUGAACUGGAGAGUCUGAGAGAGACACUGUUGAAAGCCAGGCUGGAGUCUCCGCCCAAGGCUACCUCCGAAUCACAAGUGAAAAUGUCUCCAGCAAAGCAGCAUCAGCUCCGGAACUUCCUGUCCAAGAGACAGACGCCUCCGGUGCGCUCCACCGCUCCAGCCAACCUGUCGCGGUCGGCCUUCCUUUCUCCGAAUUACUACGAGGGCCUGGACGACGGCAGCUCCACCUCCUCCCUUUCGCAGGCGCUGGACCCUGAGGACUCUCGGCCACUGGAGGAGGAGGUUACCGUGGUGCCUCCCGCACUGGCCACGGCCCGCCACCCCGCCGUAGUCCGCACCUCGUCCGUACAGCCCGGCUUUGGGAUUCAGGGCCCCCCUUUCGGCAAAGCGCCCGCAGGCUUCAGCUCCAUCGUGGGCCCCCCCCUCGGCAACGAGAUUAAUCUGGGUGGAGCAGAUAGCACAGCAUUUGCCACCAAGACGGUGAAGCACGGGGCCCCACCCACGGAGAAGACGACACCCGUCACUGUGCCCCCCCAGCAGGCGGCUGCGAACGCCGCCCUGCGCAGGCAGAUGGCCAAUCAAAAACCAGGAACAGUUUCCACUUCGCUGACGGAGUCCAACUUGAAGACGGUGCCCCAGGUGGUGAAUGUCCAGGAGCUGAAGGACAAAGGGCCGGCCGAGCCAGUGUCCACAGUCAUCAGCGCCUCCGUCCCGGCGUCCGCUGCCCAGGUGGUUCAUCAGAUGCUGGCAGCUACAGCCACGAAUCAGGCCAAACGGAACUCCGCCCCAGGUGUGAAAGCAUCUGGCUCAACAGGGGACAGUUCUCAGCCCAUCUUUGUCUUUGGUGGGCCCCAAAAACUGGAAGCCCCUCCAGGAUCUCCUGCCUCUAUUUCCACCCCAGCUACCAUCUCCGCCCUCAAUCCCGCUGUCGAGCAGACGGGCAAGAUCUUCACUUUCUCUGCCAUGCCUGCUGGUGGAUUUAAUUUCUCACCCUUAAGUACCACAACACUGACACCACAUGGGACUGGAGUGGCUCUAGGAAAGGAUGUCAGUCCGUCAAACAAGUUCUCAUUCACUUCUGGCAGUGUGAGUAAGUUGGUAUUUGCUCCGGAGGCUCCCUUCAGUCUCGUCCCCAAGUCCACUUCCCCCGUUCCCACACCCACUGGUUCUCCCACCGUUUUGGCCAGUGGUUCCGGGGAGCCUGCUAAGGCAGCGUCCGCCUCGGCCACCUUGAAGACGGAGCCUCAGAUGCCCAAGUCUGGCUCGGCUGGAGAGACUCUGGGCAGUUUCUCGGGGCUCCGGGUGGGGCAGGGGGACGAUGAGCCCAGGGAAGCCCCCAAACCCGUCGCCCCCACGUCCUUCUCAUUCGGUCCGAACGAAGGUGCCCCUGGGACGUCCGUAUCUGACUUCGGCUUUGGAGGCAGCUUCCGAUUGGGUAAACCGGCGGAACUAGCUGCUUCUGUGGAAGAACUUGCAUCAGGGGACCCGCCUAAGACUGGCACGACCAUAUUUGAGGGCGCCACGGUAACUACGGCAACUCCUUCCGGGGGGGUUUUCAAACCUCCUGAACCAGGCCCCCCUGCUGCCGCCAAGUCCGCCUUCUCUGUGACGCAGCCUGAAGCACAGGCCCCUGCUUCCUCCCCCACCUCGUUCGCAGACCUCCUCGCGGCCCCUCUAGCGCCCCCUGCAGCCAUGGAUGCCCCUGGCACCAAACCCACUGUGGCCAUUUCUGAGACCCCUGCAGUUGCGGACAUCCCAAAACCCACAGGGACCACACUGGACAGCUCUGUCGCCACACCUUUUGGGGAUGUCAUCGCCACUCAGUCAUCUUCCACCCAAGCUGUCGUCGCGGAAACCGCCAUCCCUGCAGCUAUGCCGGAAAAGCCCUUAACUCCCCCGUCUCCGGCUCCCUCACCUGUGCCCACAGCUGCCCAGAAUCCCACGCCUCUUGUUGCACCCCCUCAGGCAACCCAGACCCCAGCAACCGAGACUGCCAAGGCCACAGAAAGUGCAGUCAUCGCGACACCAGUCACGGCUCCCGCCCAGCAAGGGCUGCUUAGCCAGGCUCUUGUGUCUGAGAAACCGGGCUCCAUCUUCGCCCAGCCAGUGGUCAGCACAAACUCCACCACCCCAGGCGUCGGUGCUGUAGCCCCUGUCGUUUCCACGGCGGCGCCGGUCACGACCCCGGUUCCGAGUCUGGGCUCCACCACGGCCGGUGCUCUCCCCACCACCGCCUCCGUGUUUGGGCAGCCGGCAAGCACGGUCACUACCACCACCACCACUACCACCACCACCACCUCCUCCAGCGGCUUCGGGUCUAGUGGAUUCGGCGUCGGGACCUCUGGUUUUGGGAAGCCCGUGUUCGGGCAGGUGGCCGGGUUCGGUCAGCCUGCCGCCGGUUCUUCCGGUGGUUUCGGGUUCGGCCAGCCGGCCUUCGGGUCGAGUCCCGGCUUUGGGCAGGCAGCUGCUGCCGCUCCGGCCUCCAGCAGCGGUGGUGGUCUCUUUGGUUCACCCGCCUCCGGAGGUGCGAGCUCCUUCUCCUUUGGGCAGAUAGGCGCCAGUAACAGCAGCACGGCUGCCGGCGCCAGCCUGUUCGGACAUAGCGCCGCUCCCGCCUUUGGGCAGCAGAGCUCCGGGUUCGGCCAGGGAUCCGUCUUCGGAAGCAGUGCCCCAACGACCACCUCCUCCACAGGGUUUGGCUUCGGACAGCCUUCCGCAUUUGGCAGCACCUCCGCGCCUUUGUUUGGCCAGCAAACCAGCGGCGCCAGUGUCUUCGGACAGUCGGCCCCAUCCGGAGGUGGCCUUUUUGGGCCUGGGGCCAGCAGUGCCGCCGGGACGACUGCGGGGUCCGGCGGCUUCUUCAGUGGCCUCGGGGGGAAGCCGAGCGAGGACGCAGCCAACAAAAACCCAUUCGGGUCGACCUCCACAGAUUUCGGCCGAUCGAAUCAAGCAGGGUCCAGUAGCCUGUUUGGGAACAGCGGGGCCAAGACCUUCGGCUUUGGCGCGGCGUCCUUCGGCGAGCAGAAGCCCAGCGGCUCGUUCAGCACAGGCAGUGGCAGCGUGGCGUCCCAGGGCUUUGGCUCCUUCAGCACCCCCAGCAAGUCGGGUGGUUUCUGCAACGCCCCAGUUUUUGGCAGCCCGCCUGCCUUCGGGGGCUCGCCGGCGUUCGGGACAGCCUCGGCUUUUGGCUCGUCUCCGUCCUUCAGCAACCCCAUGGGAUCCACUGGAGGCAAGGUCUUUGGAGAGGGCACAGCGGCUGCCAACGUUGGAGGAUUUGGCUUCGCCUCUGCCUCGACCGCCCCCACCUUCGGCAGUCUGGCCACUCAGACCACCCCAUCCUUUGGGAACAUAGCCACCCAGGGUUCCGGUUUCGGGGGUCAGACCGGCGGCUUCUCCGGCUUCGGUUCCCCGGGAGCGUUCGCUGGCAACUUCGGAUCCACCAAUCAAAAUAAUCAAACAUUCGGUGGUUGGAGGAGCUAGUUGGAGACCCCGCAGACAGCCUGCCCCCCCUGAGAUAUGGCCUGCAUCUCCUCUGCAAUCAAGCCCACUAGCAUGGAGCCUGUGGCUGGGAGCUGAGGGGAAAUUGGGGGGGGGGGGGGGACCGGGGGCGGCGCGCCUGUCCUGCUAAAACCCCACAAAAGGGCUGCUUUUAAAUAAAAUAUUUCUUUGCUGCAAUUUUGUAUUUCCAUGCUAGUGAUGGGUAUCCAGGGAGCGGCGCUGCAUGCAUUACUGAGGGCAAAAUGCGCACAGAAGCCGCAUCAGGGGGACUUGAUGCAGGCAGUCGUACAUUUUAUUACUAUUUGUAGGCACUUCGUUAAAUUGGCUUCAAGGCUCUUUGCUUUGCCCAGAGCUAAUCUCUGUUCACCGCGCAAAACCUGCAGUUACAGCCAUGAAUGUGUGUUUCUUUUUUAACUCCGUGAUUCUUGUUGAGUCCGUGCAGUGCUAACAUAGCUCAGCGGUGGAGGUGCGAGAUUAAAUCAGGCUGGCUGGGUGUGUGUUAUGUUCUUUGCGAAGUAGAGGUCUUCAUGUUUAGCUUCAGCAGUUCUCUCGGACCCCGUGGAGAAUUGCGGCCUCUGCAUAAAAUAUCGCAUGUGUGGCAGGGGUGUUCAUUACGUCCUGACUUCUGUAGGUCUGCAUUGCUGAUAUUAUGUGUGUUUCUUUAUUGGUCUGCUGAUGUAUGUAUUUUUUUUUCUCUUCAGAGUGAGGGGAAGAGAGUAAGUGGAAAGUCUUAGUUUUGACUUUUUCACGUCCCAAAAAUAAAUGGCAAACUUAAUCAGCCUGCUCCCUUCACUGAUCGAUAAAACAGCUUGGUUUGUAGCUCUGAGUGUCUGAGCUUGGCGAGUUGGAGAGAGCAGUGAGCGCGUGCAGAAAGCUCUGCUCUGCCUGACCCCCAGAAGAAACAGACUUUCAGCAGGACCAUCCGUCUGAGUUAUUGGUCCACCCUUACCAGCUUGUUGGCACCAUGUUGAGAGACUGUUCACCGGGUUCAGGAUGAUUGAAAAAAAUGCAAUAAAAGCCUCAUACUGAGGUUUUUCUAACUCAUUCGAUGGCGUCUCCUGAGCCUGAAUGGGGCAACUUUCCCCAGAGGAGAAACGGUACAAUGUCCUCCAGAGGCUGGACGUUUUAUACUGGAAAAUGGUAAAUAAACUUGUAAGAUUUUCA